AUGAAUUUCUUUACUAAGACAUUAAGUUCAUUUACUGGUGGAUCUAUUCCAUAUACCAUCAAGGAUAAAAUAGUUGAUCCUUCAACACCAAAUACCGCCUUGGAUCGUAAUUCAAUUUGGACAAUUUACAAUGGAUUAAAUCCAAAAGAUAAUAACUCACCAGUAACUAUUUUUGAAUUCAAAUUAACUGAACCAACAAAUCAACAACAUGUUGAUUUAGCAAGAAAUGCAUUUAAAAAAUUAAAAUUGAUUAAGUUCCCAGGAGUUGUUUCAAUUAUUGAUUUUAUUGAAAAUGAUUAUUCUUUAUAUAUAAUCACCGAACCAGUUAAACCUUUACUGACUUAUCUUGAAACCACUGAAUUAGGUAGUGAUUCGAUUGUUGCGGGUCUUCAUUCAGUAGCUCAAAGUAUUGCAUUUAUUAAUGAUAGUGCGAAUUCUGUAUAUGGUGGUUUAAACUAUUAUUCAUCUAUUUUUGUCAAUUUAUGUGGAGAUUGGAAAGUGAUGGGAUUUGAAUUGGUUACAAACUUGACCUCGGAUCCAGAUCAGCCUAUUUAUAGAUUAUCAAGAUAUAUGCCUGUUUCCUGGAGGGAUAAUUGUGAUAAUGAUGACAUUGAAUCUAUCAGAAGAGAACCAAAGAAGUUUGACUCCUACAGAUUUGGUAAAUUUAUCAAAGAAGUAUUUGAAAAAAGUAACAAUCAAGUACCUGCAAAGUUGUCAACUCCAAUGAGAAGAUUAUCACUGGAUAAACCAAAUUUGAGAAGUUCAGCAAGUCAAUAUUUGAAGGAUUUGGAAACAUGGCAUCAACAAAAUCCAGUGAUUACGUUUACUGAGCAAGUCAAUGAAUUGAAAUUUGUACAGGAAGAUGAAAAAUUACGAUUUUUCAAAUAUGAAUUACCAGAAUAUUUGGAGAAUAAUUCUUCAUUCCCACCUGGGUUGUUGCAGUACAAAUUGUUACCAGAACUAAUUCAUCAAUUUAAACAAUUAUCCAAAGUUGCCAAUCCUAAUGAUCCAGAACGUCAAGAAACUUUAUCCACCAUUCUUAAUUUGACUAUAAAAUUUGGGGUCAAGUUACCAGCUGAGGAAUUUAAUCAAACGAUCAAACCAAUCAUUAUUGACAGUUUUGCUCUUGCCGAUAGGUCAAUUAGAUUGGUGUUGUUGACUCAUUUACCUGAUUAUGAAGGAUUCUUGACUGAAUCAGAUAUUCAAUACAAAAUAUUCAACCCUUUGAUUACUGGGUUCCAGGAUACAAAUUUUAUGAUUAGAGAAACUACAUUGAAAUCCAUCACUAUUGUCAUUGACAAGAUAUCCGUCAAACAAGUCAACCAAGAAUUGUUGAGAAUCUUGGCUAAAUCUCAAAUGGAUCCUAAACCGUCUAUCAGAGUUAAUACAUUGAUUUUAAUUAUUAAAAUAUCCCUGAAGAUUUAUAAAACUUCCAAGAAUAAUGUUUUAAUUACUGCAUUGGCCAAGUCUUUGCGUGAUUCAUUUAUACCCUGCAAGAUGACAGCUUUACAAGGAUUUGAAACUUUAAUUGAGGAAUUUUCUUUAGAAGAAAUAUGUACCAAGAUUUUAGGUAACUUGGCAAUUUCGUUAAUGGAUCAAAAACUGAAUAAAGUUAGAGUCGAAGCCAAGAGAAUAUUUCAGUUGUAUUUGGAUUCUGUUGAAUCUCAUGCUAAACUGUUACCUGAUCAAGAAGUUGAUGAAGAUGAGGAAGAACGUGAAUUUUACAAGAAAUAUGCUCCAUCUAAUCCACCACCAUCAUCCCAAACAACGACCAAUAAUAAUGAAAAACUCGAUGCAAUUGAUGAUAGUAACAACAAUUCAAGUUCUGCAUUUGGAUGGGGCAGUAAGUUAUUUUCAUUAGGUGGAAGUAUGAAUCAAGAUUUCAAUAGAUCAACACCUGACAUAACUGGAAGUACUGAACAGUUAGUAACAAAAGAAUCGACAUCAGCAUGGGAUGACGACAUUGAAACAAGUCCAGUUGAAGUUGUUGAUAAAGUUCUUGUUGAACCUGUUCGAAAGAUCAAUUUAGGUAAAUCAACUAAUUCAACAACCCCAAAGUCUUUAUCUUCAUCAAAACCAAUUCCAAAGAAAUCAACUUCAUUGAAAUUAGGUAAGUCAACAAUUAACCCAAAACCAAAACCAAAAUUACAAUUAGAUUUAAAAGUUGAAGAAAAUGAUCUUGAUGAUGGAUGGGAUGAUGGUUGGUAG